AUGUCACACAACCCUCCCCCGCCUCCUCCUGCGCCCCCCGCACCCCCUCCGCCACAACGUCAGGUAUCACCGAAACCCAUUGCUUCUCCAGACGCUCCCAAAUACCCUCCCGGUAGUUUUGGCAUCGGGGUGGAAGUCGAAUUCUUGUUGGAACCUCGUGGCAGAUCCAGUGCCAGUCCCAGCAUCCGUGACUUCUCUCAGAAGGUUGCAUCAACCUACAAUGCCUAUUUGGCCGAGACAGGGUCCACCAGACACCCGCAAAUGCACAAUGCAAUCGAUGAAGCAUAUUUGGGACCCCAGUUUGCCGAGUGGUCUCUUGAUUCGGAUUCAACCAUCGAGACGCCAAAUAAAGGGCAAGCACCGUGGGGUCUUGAAUGUAUUUCACCGAUUUUCCGCGCCCACGCUGGCUCUCAAUGGCGUCAACACAUCGAAUUUCUCUGGAGGUUUUUCUCCCUCCAUUACGACAUCAGCUCCAAUGACAGUUGUGGCACACAUGUCCAUAUCUCCCGGGUAGGGGGCUACUCGCUCACCAAUCUCAAGAAAAUAUGCCAGAGCAUCAUCCACUUCGAGCCUGCCUUCGAAGCCCUCCUACCGGAAUCGAGGCUCUCCAAUGAAUAUUCUCGAAGCAAUUGGUUGGAUAACGCUAACUUCGGACAUCGCAAUCUGACGCGGAACCAAAGCAUAGUCGUCAUCGAACAAGCCACCAACAUGAGAGAGCUGGUCCUUCUCAUGAACCCGGACCACGAUAAAAUGUUUGGAUGGAACUUUCUUUACCUGUUGAAUAGCCCCCAUGGGACCAUCGAAUUCAGACGAGGGCCCGCGAGCACGUCUGCGCAGAACGUCUUCGUCUACAUCGAGGUCGCUAUGUCAUUCAUCGAAGCUGCCAUCCAGCUUGGGGGUCCUGAAAGCCUGUGCAAAGUUCCUGCGACUGUCGGCGGACUGCGUUGGUUUCUCCAGACCGCGAACCUCCCUGACCAGAUGCCUGGGCUUUAUGAUUCUAGAUACCUCGAGGUAUUCUUCGCUAGCAAAGCCGACAGUGUAUUCCGGGAACCUAUGCCGCUCGGCACGCUUUCCGCGCACAAGCUCAACAAACUUGCAAGAAAGAAGGAAGAGGACAAGAGGAAGAAUAUCGCGAUGAUUAAAAUGUUGCAUGAACCGUACUGGAGCUAA